GUUAAUUUAUGCCAGACUACACAAAGCAAUGUUACAGGAGUGAGUUAUCUUCGUGUUGUAAGGUGUUUGGAUGUGGGUAACAGCAUCGACUAGACAGCUAUCUGUAGGUAAAUAGUGAGAACUGCAUUUUACCUUAGUCAGAAUCAUGGAGAUCGAAAUAUUGAGCGCGCAGAGUUCCAAAUCUAUUGGAGUGUUAAAUAAUCUUACUCCAACGACAAAUAUCCGAGAACUUAAGAAGAAGGUUCAGGGGUUGAAGAAAUCUCUGUAUCCGGAUCGACAGGCCCUGCGACUCGAACCGAGAGGCAAAAUUCUGAAAGAUGAUGAAUCGCUUCAGAUUUUGGGAUUGAAAAAUGGCUCAAAGCUGUAUGUGAAGGAUCUUGGACCACAGAUAGGAUGGAAGACGGUUUUCCUUGCAGAAUAUGCAGGGCCGUUGUUUGUUUACCUCUGGAUGUACAGGCGCCCCUGGCUGUUUUACGGGGAUGUCGGCGCAGCAGUUCCUGUGCACUACGUAGUACACAUGGCGGCUGGCUGCUGGACGCUGCAUUAUGCCAAGCGACUUCUGGAGACCCUGUUCGUCCACCGAUUCUCUCACGCAACAAUGCCUAUCUUCAAUCUGUUCAAGAACUGUUCGUACUACUGGCUGUUCACGCUGUAUGUCGCUUAUCACGUCAACCACCCGCUGUACACUGCCCCAGGCCGAGUCCAGGCUUAUGGGAGCCUUGCAGCUUUCUUGCUUUGUGAGUUGGGCAACCUGAGCAUCCACGUGGCCCUGCGGAACCUGCGGCCCCCCGGCACCACGGUGCGCAAGAUUCCAGUGGCGACAUCGAACCCUCUCACGGCCCUGUUCGAUCUGGUGUCGUGCCCCAACUACACGUAUGAAUUUGGCAGCUGGUUGUCCUUCGCCAUCAUGACGCAGUGCUUGCCAGCGGGCCUGUUUGCGUUGGCAGGCAUGUACCAGAUGAGCGUAUGGGCACUUGGCAAGCACAGGGCAUACAAGAAGGACUUCCCUAAGUACCCUCGUAGCCGCAAGGCCAUCGUGCCUUUCGUCCUCUAAGUCAUUCAUCAACUGGGAUCAACCAUCAGAAGAAAUGUGUUCUCUAUUUUCUGAACAGUAAGUUCUCUUUUUGUAUAUUUAGUGUCAGUGGUUGUGGAAUGUAGUUUAUUGCAUUUAGUGUCUGGGCCCGUCGUAAUAGCAGGGCCCAGAUGUCUCAAGGCUGUAUAAUUUUUGUUACCAUAGUCCAAAAUAAAAUAAUGAGUUCUGUUACGAUGAGACUGCACGCUGUAGGAUUUCAGAAUGUCUCGCAGUUUGGUAUAAGAAUCUGCGGUAACAUUUUGUGCGCCAUUGCUAUUUCAAAGUGAUGCUGUUCGAGUUCUGCGGGCAGGAUGUGCGGGGACGGUAGUUCCGUUUCCUUUUGGGAGGGAAACGAGCAAUUUGUCUCGAGGAAAGGAGUUACGAGGAAUAAAUUAUUUUUUAUGUGAAGGUUUGUAACAAUGCCUGCUGUCUGCAUUCAUUUGUGGAAGUGCAUUUUUUAUUGGGACAGUUGCACAAGUUAAACAGAAUUCCUUUAUAUGUUUCGGAGGUGUGAAUCUUUAUGACCGCUCAGUUCUAUGUUCAAAUGUCUGAGGUCUAUUCCUCCAGUGUCCAUUUUAUAGUUAAAAGAAAAAUGUGGUGAAGGAAUACAUUAAACAUUUUAUUGCAUAAACAUUUGGAACUGACCGCUCCACACUGACGUACUCCUUUAGGAAAAAACAAUCACAUGCUUUAUUAUAAAUACUGCUUAGUGGAACCGUUGUGAUGUCCGUUGUGCGUACAGUUUGGCCUUAAUGCCUAAGCUGCACUCCUCCGACCCAUUCUGAGGUUUUCAGAUCUGUUGGUCACGCACCCCACGUAAAUCUGGCGCAGAUAUCAUAAUAGUUUACGUUAGCGCACUGAAAGCUUUGAAGUUCUUUAAAGGUGAAAUAAUUGUCGCUGUGACGGUGGUACAAACUAUAGCAAGUUAAGUUGAAUCAGUCAUUACAUAUUUAGGCAAUAGCUCAAUGACAUUUGAGGGCUAUGAAUUAGUCACGUGCGUGAAAUGCACAUCUUUAUUAUGUAACGGUGGUGAAGAAGCUUGGAACGGGGGUGUUCAUACGUGAAAGAGUUCCUAGCUUCAGUAAACAGUGUACAAAAUUUUUAAAUGUUUUCAGUCUGUAAAAGAAUAUUGCUGCUCUGUCGUCAAAUAUGUGGCCUUUUUUUGCAUAAUAUUUAAAAUGAAUGGAAUAACUCAUUAAAAUAUGGUGACUGGAUUAAACAAUUGAUUUAAGCAAAAGGUUGUUAGGACAUUUAUGCUUGUAAUGUGGAUAGACAAGCUCCAUUAUGGAGCCACACCUCUCAGUGCUAAAAACAUUCCUUGUGUACAGUUAAGAUUGUUAUGACUUGUUUUUGUUAUUUCAGUUUAAUAAACAAUAUUUAUGCCGAGAA